UGUCGGUGUUUGUCGUCGUCUUUCACACAUACACACACACACACACACACACCACCAUCAGAUCUUUUUUAGACUUCUAUGAAAAGUUGUCGGUUUGUUAGUUUUUUUCAAAACAAUAAGUAGAAAAGUACGUUUAUCGUGAUCACUUUCAGAACUACAGUAGGGUACAUUUAACAACGCGGACUUUUUGCCAACAACUUUUUUGACACUUUCCUGAGAUAACGAAAUGGCAUCGGGACGGGGAAAACAGUCCAACAAGAGGACAAAAGUAGCCGGAGAGGCAGAUCUGAAGACAUUCGACUUCGGCCUAGAUGAUGACAAAAAAACAGUUAGCGGUUCAGAUGAAGACAUCCGCGAGGAUGAAACUCCAAUUGUUGACAAGAUUCUGAAGAGGCGAUCUGGACCCGCAUUUGAAGAAGAGGAGGCGACUGCGGGUGUGAGCACUGAGGUCCAGUCAAUGCUGGAGAGGUUUGGGGCUGACAUAAGUAAAGCAAUGCAGGCUAAGAGAAAGAGGUUGGAGUCUUUCACCAAAAGCUCGUUAAAAGGCAGCAAUCAAAAGUUGGAACAGCUCUGGAAAACACAGCAUGCACAGAGGCACAAACUAACACAAGAGUACUCCCAGCAAGUGUUCUCAGUGCUCCAACAGUGGGAGACUGACACACAGAAGUCAGAAGAGCAGGAAGAGAAACUCAAUAACCUCUUUCGCCAGCAGCAGAAGCUUUUCCAGCAGGCCAGGGUUGUCCAGAGUCAGAAGCUUAAAACGAUCAAGGACCUUUAUGAGCAGUUUGUCAGGAACAUGGAGGAGAUGGAGAAGAGUCAUGAGAGCUUCCUACAAGGAGCACAGGUGGAACUGAAGAAGGAGAUGGCCUUGCUGCAAAAGAAGAUUAUGAUGGAUACUCAACAACAGGAGAUGGCAACCGUGCGGAAAUCCCUCCAGUCCAUGUUAUUCUAGGCGGCCUUAAAAAAAUCAGCAUGAUUGCGAACUGUGUGGUUCACUGUGUUUCUACUGUUUUAUGUUGAGUAUCCCUGAUAUGUUUUCAUUAGAAGGUUUUGUAUUUAUUUAUUGAAAAUAAUUUUGAAAUUAUUGGUUAUGGUGUUCUUCUAUUUAUUGUACAUUGUGUUCAUGUUAACCAAAUAGUGUAGUAAUAACGUGCAAAAUAAAGGCAAUUCAUUUUUGGA